UGUGUAGCCCUGGUGUACCGGUGCUGCCAACUCGGUGAACGCCAUCGCGGUUGAAUUUGCCAUGAGCGUCAACAUUGGGAGCAGAAAUAUGUUUAUAAUAAAUGCUCCCGACGAGGAGGAGAAGUGCACCGAAGCACAGCUGGACAUUCUGCUCAAGAUCAACACGGGCGAGUACAGGCUGGUGAAGAAGAACAAGCGCAGCUCCGUGUGGAACGUCUAUCGGGAAAUUGCCCGCUCCGAUGGAACGAAGCUGAAGUGGCGCUACUUUUGCCUGGGCUGCAAGCGGGUUAUGCAGUCUUCUGGCGGCACCACCUCCAAUCUGCGCAUCCACAAGUGCCAUGUGCGAUAUCUUAAGCAAAAUGGUGGAAGUCGGAGUCCCUCUGGCGACGCCUCUUACCGCUCUCCUUCUCCCCGCGCAGCACCAGCAGCAUCACAGACGCCACGCAGCCAGCAGAGUACCGAGCAGCGAGCACCGGUGGCAAUGGUCAGGAGAGCACCAAACUUUGCAUCACAGUUUGAGCAGCUUUACGAAGUCAGACCGAAUACGCUUAAAAAGUACACCGACAUGGAGGACGAUACGGAAGAGAGUCAUCUGGAGGAAGAAGCGGAUGACGCAGACCAGAUUAUCGAAUCUGAGCGCAUCCUGGAGCCCACGUCCUCGCCACCCAAGCCACGCCCCUUGUUAAAACUCUUUUCGGAGGACUCAUGGUCUUGUGAGCCGGAACUGGACCCAGAAGAGCCAGAAGAGUCCGUGCUGGAUGAACAGACGCCGAUUGAACUCGACCACAACGACAUCCAGCAGAAGCCUGUGGACGAUUACAAGGAGGAGAUACUCCAGCCGAAGACACUAGCAACUAACAACCAAUUCAAUGCCAGCGCCCUUUCCGAAGCGGAAUGCUAUGCCAAAUCCUGGGCACAUGCCUUUCUGCGUCUGAGCGAUGAGCAAAAGUUCUACGCGAAGCGAUCCAUAGACGAACUUCUAGUCCUGGGGCGGCUGGAGAAACUUAGCAUUUCGACGGUGACAUCGUUAACAACAAACUUGUAGCAAUAUAGUAUAAUAUAAAUAUCGUAAAUAUCCUAUAUCCCUAGCCUAAGACAUCCUCAUUUCAUUUUUUACUUUAAGCUAAAACGUACUUUUAAGUUAGUAAAGACUUUUAACUUUGUAAACUAUCCAAACCAAAAAA